GGGACAGCCGUACCCUAACCUUAACCUUAACCCAUACCUUAACCAUAACCCUUACCCAACCCUAAUCUUAACCCUUACAGUAACCAUUGUUAAUGUCAACUUCAAUUGGGGAAGGGAGGUCCCAAGGAUACUGAUUAGCAAGGACCAAAAUUCCAUCCCACCUGAACAGACUGAAAUUCUAGGCGUUGUUUUCUCUCCAAAAGCUCUUAAACUAAAAGUGCAUUUUCACAAUUUCCCCAAUUUCAGAAUUUUAUUUCGAUCUCAUAUUGUGGAAAUGUUGAGUAAAUCACGUUUUUGAUUGUACUGCUCCUUUAAGCGGGGAGGCAGCGGCAACGGGGAACUGGCUGCUUCUGGUUUCAAGGCACAUAUAAAUACAAAGCGGAGCCGGGUACGAGGAAAACACAAAGGAGAAGAGGAGAAUUCUCACGUUUAAAACUGAAGACUAACGGAGUCAGACCCCCUAGAAGAGGAGCUUGGACGGCAUGCAAAGUUGUGAAAUAUCUUCAGACAGCACUGAUGACCCCCUUAGUAGAGACCUACGCACUCGUCGACAGCCUCGAAUAGUAGUGAUCGGCGCGGGCUUGGCCGGUCUCGCAGCUACCAAGAGCCUCCUGGAAAGCGGCUUCACGGAUGUCACAGUCCUAGAGGCGUCAGACCGCGUCGGAGGGAGAGUUCAAAGCAUUCAGCACGGACAAACGACUUUGGAGCUCGGAGCCACCUGGAUCCAUGGCGCUAACGGGAACCCGGUGUACCACCUGGCGGAGGACAACGGGCUGCUGGAGCACACCACGGACGGCGAGCGCAGCGUGGGCCGCAUCAGCCUGUACACCAAGAACGGCGUGGCCCACUACCAGACCAACAGCGGUACCAGGAUCCCCAAGGACCUGGUCGAGGAGUUCAGUGACCUCUACAAUGAGGUAUACGAGUUGACUCAGGAGUUUUUCCAGAAUGGGAAGCCUGUGUGUGCUGAAAGCCAGAACAGCGUUGGGGUGUUCACGAGGGACGUGGUGCGCAAGAAGAUCACGCUGGACCCCGACGACUCGGAGAGCACCAAGAGACUCAAGCUGUCCAUGCUCCAGCAGUACCUCAAGGUGGAGAGUUGUGAGAGCUCGUCCCCCAGCAUGGACGAGGUCUCGCUGAGUGAGUUCGGCGAGUGGACGGAGAUCCCAGGGGCCCACCACGUCAUCCCGGGAGGCUUCAUGAAGGUCGUGGACCUCUUGGCGCAGGACAUUCCGUCCCGCGUGAUGCACCUGGGGAAACCCGUCCGCCGCGUCCACUGGAACUACUCCGCCCAGCAACAGGAGGAGAUCGCUCACGGCGACAACAACAAUCGGCACGAAGACGGCGACCAUAACGACGACCAACGUUGCCAUGGUGAGCCCAACCCCAAUCCGGGUCACGCGUACCCCAUCAGCGUAGAGUGCGAGGACCUCGAGUCGCUCCCCGCCGACCACGUGAUCGUAACCGCCUCGCUCGGCGUCCUCAAGAACCGCCAUGAGGCGCUCUUCUCACCCUCGUUGCCCGAGGACAAAGUCCUCGCCAUCGAGAAGCUCGGCAUCAGCACCACUGACAAGAUUUUCCUGGAGUUCGCCGAUCCCUUCUGGAGCCCCGAGUGCAACAGCAUCCAGUUUGUGUGGGAGGACGAGGCGCAGCUGGAGCAGCCGGUCUACCCCGAGGAGCUGUGGUACCGUAAGAUCUGCUCAUUUGACGUGCUGUACCCGCCCGAGCGCUACGGCCACAUGCUGAGCGGCUGGAUCUGUGGCCAGGAGGCACUGCUCAUGGAGCGCUGCGACGACGAGACGGUGGCCGAGACCUGCACCAAGCUGCUGCGACGCUUCACAGGGAACCCCAACAUUCCUAAGCCGAGGCGGAUCCUGCGCUCAUCGUGGGGCAGUAACCCAUACAUCCGUGGCUCCUACUCCUUCACCCGGGUGGGCUCCAGUGGGGGUGACGUGGAGAAGCUAGCCAUGCCCCUGCCUUACACCAAGAGCACCAAGGCUCCGCCUCUACAGGUGUUAUUCGCCGGGGAAGCCACCCACCGGAAAUACUAUUCCACGACUCAUGGUGCAUUGCUGUCGGGACAGAGAGAGGCCACUCGUCUUACAGAGCUGUACCAGGACUUGCACAAAGAAACCACAAAGCCUAACAUGUAAAAACGACUAAUGAACCACUGACUAGUGAUAAAAAAUUAAAUAAACAACUUGUGUUUUAUGAUUUCUAUAUUUUAAUAUUUUUUAGAUUAAGUUAUGCAUGUAAAAGCAUAGUAGGGGCAUUAACAAUUAUAAUGAUGAUAAUGAUGAAUACAGUUUUUACUGUAUUGUAGAUAUAUAGAGAGGGAGAGCGUGGUAGAUUUGACCACUUAUAUGAGAUGUACUGUAAAAAGGCUGCAAAGGGUGCUGUCAUCUCUUGUCCAUCAAUCUGUUGUUUAAAAAUAUAUAUAUAAUAACACGUCUAUAAUUUAACUGUUUUUUUGUAAGUGCCUUCUUUAUUUAAUGUCAUGUUAUUGAAAAACAAACAAAAAAUGAUGGCAAGAAUGAAUAAACUUGUAUAUCAAUGUGA